CUCCCGGCGGCGCCCCCGCCGCAUCACACGAGGGGGCAGCGCGGCCGCUCGCUCUGCCCCGGCGCCCGCCUCGCCUCCCUCCUCUCGCCGGCUCGCCGCAGCCCGGGCUCUGUCGAGUCAAAGCGCGGAGGAUCAGGUUCCCUGCCUCCGGUAUAAAAAUCUCGGGAAGAAAUCCCCCGGCCGGAGAGAGCGGCGGGGCGUGAGGAGGAGGAGGAAGAGAAGAAGGCGAGCCCGUCCGUGGGGAAGCGAAGGGACGCGCUGCGACACCAGCAGCACCACCACCACCACCACCACCACCACCACCACCAGCAGCUCCGCACCGGGGACACCCGCGGCUCGCCCCUCUCAGCUGCGGGAGAAGAGCCUCUCUCCGCCCCAAAUCUUCUUGCAGUAGCAGAAGUUCCAAGCUGCAGCAGCUGAUCCCAGAAUGCAACAGCAACAACAGCAACGUCGGCUGUUCACAGCUGCCCUCUUGGCACUUGUUUUCAUUCUGGCAGCAGUGAGUACCACUGAGGCUGGCAAGAAAGAGAAGCCAGAGAAAAAGGCGAAGAAGUCUGACUGUGGGGAAUGGCAGUGGAGUGUCUGCGUGCCCACCAAUGGGGACUGCGGCCUGGGAACACGCGAGGGCACCCGCACUGGGGCGGAGUGCAAGCAAACCACCAAGACUCAGAAGUGUAAAAUUCCCUGCAACUGGAAGAAGCAAUUUGGAGCGGAGUGUAAAUACCAGUUCCAGGCCUGGGGAGAAUGUGACUUGAAUACUGCCCUGAAGACUCGAACUGGAAACCUAAAGAGAGCUCUCCAUAAUGCUGAUUGCCAGAAGACUGUUACAAUCUCAAAGCCCUGUGGGAAGCUUACCAAACCGAAACCUCAAGAAUCAAAGAAGAAGAAAAAGGAAGGCAAGAAACAAGAGAAGAUGCUGGAUUAAUGGAGCCAACUUGAGCAAUGUGAGAAAGGGACAUCAGCAAACACGUUCAGUUAACGGUUUCAUUUAUAACUAGGCAUUUUAUUCUAAAAUUAUUUAUAGCUUAAUGGUACAAUAGAAGAAAAUGAGCAAACAGAAAAAAAAAAUCAUUUUUUUUUAUUACUUUAGUAUUUUUAAUGUAUAACCCUAACAACAAUUUUUAGAGGCCUGUAAUAAAGGACUCCAAACUCAUUUAGAAAAUUGUCUAUUAUAUAUAGAACAAUGUAGAGGUUUUUUAAAACAUUUUUUUUUUCUCAAGUCUCAGUCUUGUAAUUACUCCAUGCAAGCAGAACCUGAACCUGUGUAAAACCCUGCUGAAGCCAGUGGUGCCCUGUGUGGACAUAGGAGUUCGUCUGGAUGCAGUUUUAUUUAAGAUUGGGACCAUGUGUCUGAAAGAAAAACAGAUUUUGUUUCUUAAUUCUUGUUAUUUCUGGAUAGCUGUGUGAAGUUAUUCAUUUGGGGAAAUGUUAGGGGCAUUUUGUUGAGUACUUGCAGGCAAAGAUUUUUCUUCUACAUGUGGUGAUGCUCCUUCCAAACUGUCACCAUCUCUGUGUUAAAACUAGUAACACUCCUCUAUCCUUGGCCUUAUUUUGGUUGAUGACAGUAAAAAAAUCUAAAAUCUUUUAGUGGUUGGAUAUAACAGAGUCCUGAAUUUUGUAGCAGCGAUUUUUCAAAUUGCAAAAUACUUUUUUUUUUUUUUUUUUUUAAAAACACCGUAUCAACACUGGUGGAUGGUAAUAUCCACUGUUUUACCUGCAAAAGCAGAAAAAUGAUUUCUUUUGUUUGUUUAUUUUGUGAGAGAGGAGAAUAUCUUUUUCACAGAAAUCUAGUUGAAAUUGUUGUGAUUCUGCCUGACCCUGCUCCCUUUUGCAUUCAUAGGAAUCUUCCUGUUGAUUUUAGCUAUAGUUGGUUGAAAAAUAGAAAGUAUGUCUGCUGGAAAGUGACAGAAACUUUAAAAACUCAGUUUGAAAACUGAGAUGGAUUAUAUUUUUUACCAAAAAAGGGACAAUUUGUGAGACUUGAAACCAAUAGGAAUGAAAUUAAUUUUUAUUUCUCUACUAGUAAAACAGAAGGAAUAUGUCAACAUAGUACCUUUUGCUUUCUUCCAUUUUUAUAUAAGCAAAAAGACCUUGGGAAAUCUCAGCCAUAAUAAAAAUAGUUCUGUACUUUAUUUAUUUAUUAUUUUUUUUUAAAGAAAACUUGGCAGGGAAAAGAAAAAAAAGAAAACUUACAACCUGCUGUUUUUCAGUUUGAUUUUUACCUAUCUCAAAUGACAAUGAGUCCUGACAGAAAUGACAAAGUCGAAAAAAUAUCUGGCAAAGGGUUGUAUAUCCCCAGGUAAAGGGUUGUCUUACAAACCAAACAACCUUCAGACCAGAUAUUUUAGAGGAAAUAUAUAGGAUUUCAGUGCCCAAAUUCUUUUUUAAAUCUUUGCUUUUAAAUUAUAAAUCUUAAAUUUCAACUCUAAGAAGUAAGCUUCAUCAUUUAUGUAGACUCCAGCCCUGCCUGCUGGUCAACAGGAAAUCUCCUGUAGUCUCCCUUGUAUUCCUGCAGAUACCCGCUGACUUCAGUGAAGCUGCAUCAUGGUGCAUUCAUCUAUUCAUCUGGGUAAAUCACUCUGCUCUUUCAGAAUUAGCUUGUAGAAAUGCAGAGUCAUUUUCCAGACUAACUUCUCACUUCCCUUUUCUAAGCAAAAAAUAAAAAAAAGCAGAGCUUGACUUUUGACUUUUUUUUUUUUUUUUAACAUGAGGACUAUGGCCAAUCUCAACUUGCAGUGAGGCAAGUCCUUCUGGACAUUCCCAAACCCUUUUGAAGCCAGCUAACCAAGGCUGCGCAUAGCUCAAGAUAGACUAGUCACACAAGUAUUUCUCAGACUCCUUGGGUGUGUUUUGCAGUCUUUGUUGAUGUCCUUGUUAUUUUGACGAUACUAUUAGACAUACCUGAGACAGUGGUGUAAUUAAAAAUGUCCCAAAUGUUGUGGACACGCAAUGACCAAACCCAAAAAUGCAAGUUGCCAUUCAUAAAGGCUUUUAUUUGGGUGGUUCUGGGUGCUAUUUUUUUUUUCAUGGUCUAAUCAAAUCUGCCAAUGCUUGUGCCUCAGAUUUAAACUAAUGCAUUGGUAGAUCUGAUUGAAAGCAAACAGAGGAAGAAGCUUUCUCACUCACCAAAGGUUUGUCUGUCUAAAUGCUGCAUCAGUUCAGUUCACUUAAAGUGGUUCAGCUUUGAGUGUAGACACUGUUGCACCAUUGUCCUACACCAGUUGAUCUAGUCCAUGUUUCACAGGGAGUUGGCAGGAGUUGGGAAUGAUGCUGAGACCGACAGUUUGACUCUCCUUUAGGAAACUUUAGAUAUGACUUCUGAUUUCCACCUCUGUGAGUAAAAAGAAAAUAAAUUCCCCUGAUUCCUGUGUUAUCUUAUGGCCCUUAAUAAUAACUGCUCAUCUGGAUUUUUAAAGGAACAUUCCUAACAGUUUUUGAAGGAGGCUAGUCAAGAUCCCAUUGUGGUGGUGGUAUAGGUAUUCCAUGGAGAGAGUUUACAGAAACAAACAAGCAAACCAAAUGCCAUGUAAGGACCAGCAGAAAGUACAGUGGUCCUGUGAGCAAAGGGUGUGAAAUAGAGCACUUCUUUGUACUACUCAGCCACAUAUGGUUGGAUCUAUAUUGGCAUAUUGUUAAUAAUAAUUGUAUUUGUAUAUGCCACACUUUACAAACAAUGAAGAAAAUUUCCAGCAGAAAAUGGUCUGUGGGAACUUAUUCUAUGAAGGCAAUGAUAAAAGUAUUUGAUGGUAAAACAUCAAGUAAGGUUCAAAAGAAGAGGCGAGUCAAUUCAAUUCUUUAAGAAGGCACCUGCUACCUAGGAGAACAGGUGUAAUUGCUUCACUAGUGACAUUAUUAAGAAAGAAAGAGGCAAAUAUCUGAACAAAACCUCUUCCAGCCCUAUCUUGCUCAGUUUCUACCAGAGUUAUUAUGAAUUUUCUCCUUAUUUGUUUUCUAAUCCUCUAUCCUUCACCCUCUGGAAGGCAAGCUUAUGAGACAGGGCUGUGAGGUUGGCUACUUCGGAUGAGAUACGUGUUCUGCCCUCCUCAUCCAUAAGGCACUAGCUGAACUGACUGAAACUCAUUUCAGGAAUGUCCCACUCACAAAGUGAUUUCCAUUCUCAUUUGCUACAGCUAUAGUAUGGUAUGAGGAGAUGAUAAAAAUCCCCUAAAUUACAGCCUUUUUCUAGAAGAUAUAAAUGCUCAGAAAAGAAAGUAGUGAGUUGCUGAACAUUAUCUAAGGAUGAAUCUGCAUCCACAUCCUGGAAUCCAGCAAGAUUAGAUUGAGGGGGAUUUGGAUUUAGCUCCAUUUCCUUCUUCUGAGUAGACUGAACCAUGCUUCCAAGCAAUUAGACCUGUCUAUAUCUUGAUUUAAAUCAGUACUUGAGGACUGGGGGAUUUUCUCACUUUGAUAUUUCGCCUGACAGAAGUGCCCAUAUUGAAAGAGAAUCGUUGCCUGUUAGCCUGGCAUAUUUAAGAGAUUAUGAAGUGCAGGAAGACUAUAGCAUAAGGUACAUAUUAUGGUUCUAGAAAGGGAAAGCAAACUUAUCAGUUCUUAUCUUCUAAUUCCAUAACAACAUUCUGAACUGUAUAAUUUUUUCAAAGAUAGAAGUUUUCAAAAGGGAAAAAUUUUCAAAACGGAUAUAUUUUUCUUCAAUAAGGAGAAAUAAAAGUGUAAUAAUUAUAAAUACAUACCAACAGGCCAUGUAGGGCCCAUGUCAAGAAGAGACAUGUACUAGGUAAGGAACAUUUUAUGUAAACUUCUUUCACUUGCUUCUUUGAGUAGAGAAGGCAGGAUUACCGAGUGGCACAUUUGUUUUUAUGCUUUGCUUGGUUUGUGCCUUAAUGCAAACUGGGCAAUAGUGGAAUGUUACUGAAAAUACAGAAGAGUUCCCACUCCAUCCUCAAAAGAAUGUGUCCACCAGGAGGCAACCUGGCUUUCUUUCAGACUAGGAAUCUUUUUUUUUUUUUUUUUUUUUAAUUUAUGAAUAUAUUUUCUGAACUCAGAUGCUGCUGAAAUUGGCCAGCAACUACAUUAGCAAUGUAACCCUUCCACAUUUCUAAAGCAAAAUAUUGUUCAGGUACACCAUUCUGAUAUGACACAAUAUCCUUUAUCACAUCCCCCAGAUUCUUACAGUAAGGAGAAACAGUAUAUGAACGAGGGUAGGCAUGUCUUAUGCAAUCUUUUUAAACUCUAUAAGACAGCAUCUUCUCUGAACUUUUGUGUUCUUCCUCUAGGGGGACAGACUAUACCUGUUGUCUGCUUUACUACUCACAUCUAAUUUUGAUAGUGUUUGUAGUUUUUUCCAUCAAUUUUGCUAAGGCAAUCUACCUCCCGCCCAAACUUCUGCAUACAUUUUUGAUCCUUCUCAUGCUAGGAGGGUAUAUUCUCCACUACUUGCUGGCUUGUAAAACAGCCUCAGCAAGCCCCUACUAUUAGGUACCUUUUAUUGUGUCCUUCUAACAUUAAAAAUAAAUGACAGAAUGUAACUUGUUCAUCAGAAGACAACAAUGGACAAAGAAAUGUAAGAAUAAGCUAUUGAUUCUCUGGGUUCAGUCAGAGGUGGCUUGCUGGUAAAACCUCUGUCAUAGCUCAACCUGGGUGAGGCUUCCUAGAGAAAAGAAAUGAGUCCUAUAUGAUGGAAGAGUAGACAGUAAUGAAAGAAUAGCUACCCUCAAACAGGAGAACCCCUUAGCCAGAUAAACAGAGCAAGAUGUUGCGUCCUCUCCCACUGAAUUCUCUUUACCUUCAGGUUAAAGGGAAGAGACAAGGCACACAGAGCUUCAAAAAUAGUGAGAAUUGUAUGAGCGAAGUAGGGCAUGGAAAGACCCUGUUCCUCCCCAUGGGUGACUGAACUUGGAGAAGGUCUAGAUAGUGCUGUUCAUAGUAGCAGAAAAUUUCAUGUGCUUUUGAAAUCAAAGUAAAUGGUAAAGGCUAAUCAUUCUCCUAGUGUUCCUCUUCUGUGUCUCUUCAAAAAUGGCAGUCUGCCUUGAGGCCCCAUCACUCUGACCUGAGCAGAAGUGAGAUAUUUCAAGGAAAACAUGGGACCUCAGCUAUAUUUCCUAGAUCCCUGUUGGCUAAAAAAUCAGUAGUUAUCUAAAAACACAACAAAACUGAAAUCAUGGGUCCAAUAUAUGGUUUUACAGAUGACACAAAACAGAGGCUCUCCAAGUGUGCCCAUUUUGGAAAGUCAUUCAAAGUUAAAGACUGUAGAAAAGCUUCAGCUUGAAUUCUGGGAUAUACAGCUAGGAAAAUGGAUAGCCUCUUCUGGACUGUCUUAUCCUAGCCAACUUCAUUUAAUUAAUUACACUGUUUGAAUUCCCUCAUCAUAAUCAGCCUGGCAACGUGACACUAACUUCUCUCAAUGGGUGAGUCAUUAUGCUUCCCAUAUUAUAAUUAUGUGGCACAUCUAGGUUUUUACACCCGAAGAAAAUGCCUCGAGUAGUCCAGAGACUCUUGUGGUUGCUGAGGGGAUUUGUAGCAGAUGCAAGCUAAGAACUGCUGCUGCUGUGAGCUUGGAACCGCCUCAUCAGCUUGUCACAAUCAGAUACAGCAGCUCUCUAAAUAUACAUGCAUACAUACUGCAUAUAUAUAUAUAUAUAUGUCCAUAUAUGGAAAAGCAAAGCUAUUAAAAAAAAGGUACCCAUAGCUCAAAAGGUCUCUCACAAGUCAUGCUGACGUAUUUUAAAGCUAAAGAAGUGAAAAAGCUUUUGGCCUGUGUUAUUAUUAUUGUUAUUAUUUUAAUACAAGGGUAGUAUAUAGGCUGAAGAGCCAUUUAUCUUCCCUCCUCAAUUUAAGGAUAUUAAGGAAUUUAAGGAUGGCUGUGUUGAAGGAAAAUGCAAAACACACACCAAUGAAAUGGCCAAUAAGACAUAGUAUAAAGGUGACAUUCUUUUCUGUCACACCAAGUACAUGGAAGGGCUUUAUUCAAAGUGUUGAAGUGGAAGAACUGAUUGGGUUAAGUAGAAACCCAGACAGAAAAAGGCUUCUUCUCUGCAAAGAAAAAGUGAGGAAAAGUAAAAAAUGAAACAAAACAAAAACAGACAACAAAAACAACAACAAUGACAACAAAGCAACAUAAAGUAAAAGAGGAAUCCUCUUGACACUUGUAGUUUAGGUGUUAAAGAAAAGAAGAAAUGGAAGUCAAAAUAACAUUAAAGCCUGAAUAUUGUCUUCAAUGGAUUUCUAAUUCUGUAUAUAUCUAUUAAACCAGUGCUAUAUAGUAUCUUUUCAUGGGUUACAUUCUUUACCCUGUUCAAUUUCCGUUUUAUUUUCAGUUUGUAUAUUGAUUUUGUAAGCUAGUAGUCUGUUACCUUUUCAUUUUUUUAAACUUGUAUGAAAGCCAUAUAUCCAUAUUGUAGAAUGAAAGCAUUAAUCCUGUAAUAUCCUUCAAUGUUUCUCUUAGCUCUGUGGGAUUGUGAGAGGCUCUAGCGAAUGUAUAUGUUUACCAAUUGUAUCAACAUAAUUUACUUGCUCUUAGAUAAAGAAUUAAAUAAACUAAUACACAGAAA